UGGGCGGGACUUUAUAAAUCGCGCAAAUCAAUUGGUCAAAUCUGUGAUUGACAUGUUUGCCGAGUCACCGCCUUGAAAAUACUUUAGCGUCCGGAAGUUUAAAAGGACGGUUUCUUUUACAGCCACCACUGGUAAGUCCCAGACCAUGAACUACGUUGGCCAGUUGGCAGAGACUGUUUUUGUAACUGUCAAGGAGCUUUAUCGUGGACUAAACCCUGCUACACUCACCGGUGGGAUUGAUGUAAUCGUUGUGCGUCAGCCGGAUGGCAGUCUCCAGUGUUCACCUUUCCAUGUGCGCUUUGGAAAACUGGGGGUUCUUCGCUCCAAGGAGAAAGUGGUGGAUAUUGAGAUCAAUGGUGAGCCAGUUGACCUGCACAUGAAACUUGGGAACAAUGGAGAAGCAUUCUUUGUGGAAGAGAGUGAUGGCUUGGAGGUCGGAGUACCAGCCCACCUUUGCACCUCACCCAUCCCUAUGGAGAAUCCAGAGGUUUCAGAAGUGGCCGAGUCUCCCUUUAACACCACCGCGUCAAGCCGGCGGAAAAAACGGCGCAAGAAACGCACCCGAUCAGAUGCACAUCUCCAUGAGGAUGAUAGCUCCUCCUCAGAGGAGAGAGAGACCCCAGAACAGGAUGUCCUGAAAGAGGAGUCUGUGUUCAUGGCAAGUAAGUCUGUGUAUUACUCUCUGUCUGAGGAACCAGGUGAGGAUGCACUUGGACCGCAGGCAGGUGACUUGCAUCCUUACUCUGAUGGAGAGUGUUCACCUCACGAGAGCCUGUUCUAUAGUCGACCCUCCUCUCCUAAGAGUGACUCUGAACUGUUUGUAAAACCUCAGGAAACAUCAGGGCCUCAGAUGCAGUGGAACUGGGGUGGAUUUCCCAAGCAGGUGUGUUCACCAGAGCGAGGCAGCCCUCCCCCUCUCGUUACACCCUCUGAGCACUCCCACUUCCGGACCAUCCAACGGCAGGCCUCAUUCAACAUGGAGUCUUCCGACCCCUUAACCACUGUAACUGUAUUGAGAACAGAACCUUGGAUUCUUGAAAAUAGAGUUGAACACUCAACCCCAAACACAGAUGCUUCCUCUCCCACAGACCAGGCUUCACUACUCACACCACCCCUUGUGGAGCCUGCAGUGGGCUCUGAGCAACAGAACAUUUCAGAACUGGAGACCUUGAGUGGCCUGAGUGAUUGCAUGGCUAACACAGUUAGCACAUGUGGCACAGACUGUGACACUAGAACUGCAAAUCGAGUUAACGCAGACAACUUCACAGGUCCUUCUAACUCUGAUAGGGUAGUCAGUGUUCUUAAUGAUGUUAGUAAAAAACCUGUCAUCUCGGUUUGCUCUGAAUACCAUGCAAGCACUGUUAGUGUAUUGGAUACAGCUGACCCAAUUAGCAUGGCUCAGUCGGAAGCGUUAGCUUCCCUUGUCGAUAAAAUCAGUUCUUUUACUGAGACAGAUCAACACACUACAGCAGAAAUAGGAACUUCAGUAGAGAGAGACAGUGGUAUUGAAGCAUUGACAGAAGGAUUUGCAGAGGCUACAGUGGCUCCACAAACAAAUCAGGAAGCAAAGAGUGUUGGAGUGAUUGAACAUGUGGAUUCUGUUAAAUUUGAGAAGUCUAGCUUCUCCCAGUCAUCUAAUGCAGCAGAAUCUUCAACUAAAGCAGCAGAAUCCCAGGAAAAGAAAAACGGCAAACGCAGUCAGCAUGUGGGACCAGCAGAUAUCUAUCUGGAUGAUUUGUCUAAACUUGACCCUGAGGUGGUUGCACUUUAUUUUCCCAAAAGUGAAGGUGAAUCUCCUUCACAGUGUGAUGCUGAGCUGGGUUCAGUUCCAUCCAUACAGUCCUCACAGUCAGGCCAACAGUCUCCUCAGACUGUAAGCACUGCCAACGUGGACAGUGGGACUGAGUAUCUAUCAGACUCAACCACUGACAAUUUGGAGGUUUCCUUGUCCCUCUGUGGAACUGAGGGAUACUCCAGGAAGAUCAAGAAAGAAAAGUUUGAAGAGCACAUGGUCACUUAUCAAGACUUUGUCAACAACCCUGGAAUUAUUGAUGACCCAAACCUUGUCAUCUGUAUCAACUCAAAUUAUUACAACUGGGCAGCUGCUGCUCCGAUGAUUCUGUCAAUGCAAGCUUUUCAGAAGAAUUUGCCAACGAGUACAGUUGAGCAGUUAGUUAAAGAUAAGAUGCCUAAGAAGUCUGGUCGCUGGUGGUUUUCCUGGAGAAGAAAAGACUUGGAAAAUAAUCAGCCAAACACAAAGCCUGACUCUGAAGACCAUCAAGCUGAGGCGUCAUCUUCUCCUACUAUACCUCCCACAACAAAGGAUCACUCUGCUCAGCUCUCCAGUGAUGAUGAUGGUAAUGAAAGUGAAAGUGUGAACAGACAGGAAAGUGUAACAGAAGCCAUGAGCACUGCACAGUGCCUUAAUCAGAUUUACCGCAAAUCCCUCCGCCUCACCUCCCAACAGAUAGAGCGUCUCAGUUUGAAAGAGGGCGCUAACAAUAUUGUAUUCAGUGUGACCACUCAGUACCAGGGCACUUGCCGUUGUGAAGCUGCCAUCUAUCUGUGGAACUGGGAUGAUAAAGUCAUAAUCUCUGACAUUGAUGGAACCAUCACCAAGUCCGAUGCACUAGGCCACAUUCUGCCACAGCUGGGCAAAGACUGGACGCACCAAGGCAUUGCGAAACUUUACCACAAAAUACAUGAAAACGGCUACAAGUUCCUGUACUGUUCAGCCCGUGCCAUAGGAAUGGCAAACAUCACCAAGGGCUACCUGCAGUGGGUCAAUGAUAAAGGCAUUGUCCUACCUAAAGGACCUGUACUACUUGCUCCCAGCAGCUUAUUCUCAGCUUUACACAGGGAGGUAAUUGAGAAGAAGCCAGAGGUCUUUAAAAUCGCAUGCCUGACUGACAUUAGAGACCUUUUCAGUCCACACAGACAUCCAUUCUAUGCUGCAUUUGGCAACAGGACCAAUGAUGCAUUUGCUUAUAAGAAAGUUGGUGUACCUGAAACUCGGAUCUUCACUGUGAACCCUAAAGGGGAGCUCAUACAGGAGAACAGCAAAAGCCACAAGUCCUCGUAUUCUCACUUGAGUGAACUGGUGGAACAUGUCUUCCCUCUCGUCUCUAAAGGCAGGCCUGCAUCCUUGGAUUACCCAGAAUUCAGUAACUUUUCAUUCUGGAGAGAGCCUUUAGCACCACUUGACCUCACUUCACUCUAGACUUCCACAGUUAAUUUCCAUGUCUUUCUGCUUUUACUAAUUCUCCUGCUUCACUGCUACCUCUCUUUACUAUGACACUAAAUAUCUGAAUGUAAUAAAAGCUAUAUCUGAUUUAGUUCAACCUUUAACUAACUUGUACAAAAUCAAAUACUGUAUGUUACCACAAGGUUUGGCUCAUCUGCUAAAACAGAGAAAGGCAUGUUCAGAAAAGCCAAAGAUAAUCAUUUGGUAUCAAAUAAAUCCAGUGUUGUGUUUAUACAA